UAAUUAACUUAAUCUGCUUCAAAUCUGGAAAUUUUAUUAUGAUUAUAUCCCAUUAAAUGAAAACAACAAACUUAGUCAACUGAUUUGUACAUUAAUUCUGAUCCAUUUGUUCGAAAUGUUAAGUAAUUGUUGAGAAUUUUGAUCCAAAUUUGUAAGUUAGAUCAAACAAAAGUUACCUGUAAGAAAGUGAACGAUUUGCAUAUCAUAAAAAAAAUGAUUCUCAUCUGGUUCUUGACGCUUCUUGUGGCUUCAGUAUUGAGUCAAAAAAAUCCUAACUUUGUACAGAACCGUUCAACGAUAGUUCACUUAUUUGAAUGGAAAUGGAAGGAUAUAGCUCAAGAAUGUGAGGAUUUCCUCAGCAAACAUGGAUAUGGAGGUGUUCAAAUUUCACCUCCAAACGAGAAUUUGAUUCUCAAUAGGAGGCAAUGGUAUGAAAGAUACCAACCAGUAAGCUAUGUGCUAGAGACAAGAUCAGGGAAUGAAGAGGAUUUCAAAGAUAUGACAGAGAGAUGUAAUAAAGCAGGUAUCAGAAUAUAUGUCGACGCCGUCAUCAAUCAUAUGAGUGGUGGAGAUGGUGUGGGAACUGCAGGAAAUAAGGGAGAAGCUUCCAAGAAAAAUUUUCCAGGGGUGCCUUAUACACCCGAGCAUUUUCACACUCCAUGCCCCAUAAAUAAUUAUAAUGAUGCGAAUGAAGUGAGAUACUGUGAACUAGUUGGACUGAAAGAUUUGGAUCAGGGUCAAGAACAUGUUCGAACCAAAAUAGUUGAUUUCAUGAAUCACUUGAUCGAUCUUGGAGUAGCUGGAUUCAGAGUAGAUGCUGCAAAACAUAUGCACCCAGAUGAUCUUAAGGUGAUUUUUGGACGACUCAAAAACUUGAACACAAAGCAUGGUUUUGCGAAGGAUGCUAAAGCAUUCAUUUAUCAAGAAAUAUCUGGACAAGGUGGAGAUGCUGUCACUCGGGAACAAUAUACAGGUGUUGGAGCUGUUCUAGAGUUUAGGUACGGUCAUCUUCUCAGCAAAGUGUUCAGCAAGAGAGACAAAAUGAGGUACUUAGACAGUUGGGGUCCACAAUGGAGUUUAGUAAACCCUGGUUACGAUGCUGUAACCUUUAUUGACAACCACGACACCCAGAGAUCAGAAAGGGAUAUUCUGACGUACAAAAACUCCAAACCAUACAAGAUGGCUGUCGCUUUCAUGCUUGCCCAUCCAUAUGGUACAGGGAGAGUGAUGUCUAGUUUCGAUUUUGUUGAUUCGGAAACCUCACCUCCUCAUGAUUCUGAAGGUAAUCUGAUAUCACCUGGGUUCAGAGAUGAUGACACUUGUACCAAUGGGUACAUAUGCGAACAUAGAUGGCGUCAAAUCUACAAUAUGGUUGGUUUCCGGAAUGUGGUUGAUGGUACUGCGGUACAGAACUGGCAAACACUUGAUGACCAUCAGAUAGCCUUUUGCAGAGGAAAUAAGGGAUUUAUUGCAUUAAACAACGAGGGAAAUAUAAAUAAAAAACUUCAUGUUUGCCUGCCUGAGGGCGAAUAUUGUGAUAUAAUAUCUGGAAGUUUGGUUGAUGGAAAAUGUACCGGAAAAGUUAUAAGUGUAGAUGGAAAUGGCGAUGCUCACAUUUCUAUUAACAGUAACGAAGAAGAUGGAUUAUUGGCUAUUCAUUUGAAAUCGAAGAAACAGUGAAACGAGUGUUGAUUUUCUAUUUGUAAACUAUUCAUAAUUAAAUAAAAACUGAUAACCUAA